UGAGUCGAUAAAUAAUGUUGUUUAACAUAUUGUUCUGCAGAUUCCUAGCCCGUCCACCGACCGACCGGAAUGCUCAAUUCCUGAGACUCUUGGGCAGCGCGCGGAUCUCCACCGUGUGGUCAUCACACAGCCGGAGAGGGGCUGAUUUGACUGCUAAUUUGGCAAUUGUGUCCGCGGCGGCUGGGAGGGCAGAGAACCGACCAUAAUUGUUCCGAACAAUGGCCAUUUUGAGAGCGGGUAUGGUUGAACCUCCUCUGUGGCAAAGUUGCUGUCUACAGCCAUAAAUAUAGUUUUAUUCAUAAUCUCUUCCUGUUUCGCGGUGGGUUUUAUGAGUUAUGAACGUUAUUUUGUAAGAGUCAUGCUUAUCGUGGAAUGACUCUUGGUAAACUAUAUUUGAAAUGCUUAGGAAAAUUCCAGUAAUCCCAUUUAGCAACCUUCUGUGUACCAGCGCAGCACCCAUCGAACCAAUUAAUACCGUUCCACGGGGCCGCAAACAUUCCGUUCUGUAUACCGAACCAAUUAGACCUCCAGAAUUGAAUCACUGCUCAAAUUCUACCUCCAGCUUCAAAUCGUGAGUUGCUUGUUACAUCAAAACCUCAUGCUACCUCAUAAGUUCUAUUUUUCUCCCUUUCAAUUGAAACGGUCAAUAUUUGCCCGGCCGGUUAAGAGCCCGCGCCUCCUUCUUCUGUGAUUGGUGGUACUUAAGUGGUGUACCCCCCCUUUCCCGAUGUCGUCGCAGUAGGCCCAACGAUCUAGAUUGCCGUGACGCCACGGCACUUAUCAGCGACGAUGUCGUCGCAGUACGUCAUGGAUUUUGACGGCUGACUCACCGGAACCUCGGGAUUGAUUAGACGGGUUGCUUUGAUUGGUGAAGUUGCUUCAAAAUAUUAUGUUUGCGAAUCUCCCGCAAGCGAUACUGCUCCAAUUGACCAAUCAGAGACUGAUAUCGCUUCGCGCGAUUGUUUUUUUCCACAAUCAUAUCAGCGUUGGAGCGUCUCCCGCCAUGACCCACCUCGACAAAAGCCGUCCAAACGCGCGCGAUAACGAUUCAAUUGCAGGUGACUAAAAUAAAGAGCGCACAAUUUUUAUCAUUUCCGCUCAGUUGGUCACGGGAAAUUGCACGCGAAGGGUAGUUUGUUGACGAGUUUUGUUAAGAUUUUGAGAGUUUAGUAUAAGAAAAGUAGACAUAAUGAGUUGCGGGGAAUGGCUGGAGAUGAACCAGAAGAACAAGCCGCAGUCAAAUACGCUUGCUGCAGGCAUCAUGACGCUUCUUCUAACCGGGAUGAUCGUUGGGUCAACGAUCUUCAACAUGGACCUCCAGCAUCAACCCUGGACGUUUGAACACUCCAGCACGGAAGUGCUGCUAGUUUCCAUCUCCUUCUACAUGGCCGCCAUCGUCGGCUCCCUAGCCGGAUACUUCCUGGUGGAACGCUACGAAAAGAAACCAAUCUCGAAAGUGUACCUCGUACUCUCGAUCGUAGCAAGCGUCCUGCUGAUCGCCCUCCCCGAUCACAUAGCAAGCGUUGCGUUUGCUCGGAUCCUGCUCGGGCUGGCGCACGGCAUGGCCUACCUUGUUGUGCUGAUCCACGGUGGUGAAGUCUGCAUCAAAGAACUUCGCGGACUGAACAUGGCCGCGGUAAACCUGUGUAUCAUGAUCGGCGUAAUGACUCACGGGUCGCUCAGUCCUACCUCGACGUACGGACAGGAUAUUGGAACGAAUCGAUUGGUAGGGAUUCUUGGAUUAGUCUACGUUGUGCUCGGAGGCUUUUUAGCUUUGUUCCUGACGUAUGAGUCCCCAGUUUACCUGAUUCAACGAGGUCGAGACGCUGAAGCAAUCCAGUCUAUGAUAAAGCUACGCAACGAGUCCACAGAGUCCUGGGAAAUCCGUAACGACUACACCGAGUUUAAAACUAUGCUACAAGAGGACGAGGAAACGUCUCCGUCGAUCCUACAAGACGGAAACACCCGUCCUUUACUCCUACUCAUCUUAUGCCGCAUCGCUUCCGUAGUAUCCUUCAACUUUGCCAUCAACCUCGUCCGGUUGAACAUCCUAGACAAGCUGUUCGGAGUCGACAACUACAGCUUCUCCGCGAUCGUAGUCCUCACCAUCCGCCUGCUCGUCGGAACCGUAUUCCUCUUCGUCAUCGACAAGUUCGGCCGUCGAGCCCCGAUGACCCUGUCGACCUUCACCAGCGGCUUCAUCCUCACCGUGCUGGGAAUGAUCUUCAUGGUAGCGGAUCACGUAACGCGCGACGUUCUGAUCGCGAUCAUGCUCACCUACGAGGUGGUCGCAUCCGCCGGAGUCACCAUGGUCCCGGACGUCUACUGUUCCGAAGCGUUCUCCACCAAGAAGAAGGCCUUCUCGAUCGCUACCACGCAAAUCGUCGAGAACGUGCUCCAGAUCGGGAUCACCGCCAUCGUGUUCAACUGGGACUUUAGCGACGACGCGUACUACGGCGGGAUCAUGCUGUGCUGUGGAGUUCCCCUGCUCGCCAUGGCGGCGAUCUUCUACAAGUACCUCCCGGAAACGACCAAGAUGACCAUCCGGCAGGCCCGGACGGAGUUCUCCAAGCGGGGCGAAAUCGUGUUCGGCGGAACGAAGCGACCGCAGAACUUCCUCAAUUUUGGUGUCAUGGCCGGGUACAGGACGUGGUGCGAGAUGAGUCAGAAGAACAAGAUGCAGACCAACACGCUGCUUGGGGGUAUCAUGACGCUGCUGCUGGGUGGAACCUUCGUCGGAUCGAGCAUCUUCAACAUCCACCUGUGCAACCAGACGUGGACGCUGAACUACUCCAGCUCGAUGGUGUUGACCGUGAUCUGCUUGUUUCACGUGGCUGCCGUGCUGGGGUCCUUCUUGGGGGUCAUCCUGGUGGAACGCAUCGAGAAGCUGAUACUUUCGCGAAUCUACCUCUUCCUGAUGGGCGUCGCCAGCAUCCUCAAAGUGAUCGUGCCGACCAGCAUGUACGGGAUCAUGUUUUCGCGGAUCAUCGCUGGGUUCGCGUACGGGUUGGCCUACCUGGUGGUGCUCAUCCACGGUGGAGAAGUGGUCGUGAAGGAGCUGCGCGGCACGACGAUCGCGUUCGUCAACUACGUCGUAUUCUUGGGCAUUCUGGUGCACGCGGCCGUCAGUCCGGUCGCCAUAUCGGACUACACCGGCGAGCCAAGUCGCAUCCUCGGCAUCGCCGGGAUCAUGUUUUCGCUGAUGGCAGCCUUGAUCGGGCAGUUUAUGAGCUACGAGUCGCCGGUGUUUUUGAUCAGGAAGGGUCGCGACGCGGAAGCUGUGCGAUCGCUGAUCAAGCUGCGGCUGGAGUCGUCGGAGACGAUGACGGUUCAGCAGGAGUACAUUGACCUGCGUAGGAUGGUCGAGGAAGAUGAGGUGAGCUCGUGGUCGAUCUUCAGUGAUGGUAAUUGGAGACCACUGGUGUUGAUCAGUUUGGGGAAGAUCGCUGCUGUACUGUCGUUUAACGCCGCGGUCAAUCAGGUUCGGAUGGUUGUGGUUGAUGAACUGCUUGGGCUGGAUACGUUCAGCGUUUCCGGAGUCGUGAUCAUCUCCAUAAGGGUCGUCCUCGGAGUUGCGUUUCUGUUCACCAUUGAUCGCUGUGGUCGAAAACCUACCCAAACCCUGUCCGCGUUCUUCAGUGGCUUCAUGUUGACCACCAUGGGCGGUAUCUACAUGCAGCUGAGCUGUGUCAGCAUCCCCGUAGCUUCCGGGGUCUUCCUGGUAUACGAGCUGGUAGCAUCAACCGGUGCCCACCUUGUUCCGGACGUUCAUCUCUCGGAAGGCUUCUCAACCAAGAAGAAAGCCCUUUCGAUAGCUGUUAUCCAGUUGGUUGAACACGCAGCGCACAUCGCCAUCGUGUCCGUGACCUUCACGUGGAACUUUGCCAACUCGGACAUCUACGGCGCAAUUCUGCUAUUCUGCGGGAUUCCCCUGAUGGUGAUCGCCAUUCUGCUGCAUGUUUUCCUUCCAGAAACCGCAAAACUAACUCUGAGAAAGUCUCGAGCCGCAUUUGCUCGCGUCGACUCCCUUUAUGGCACCAAUAAAGAACUGUACAACUGACGCCAAGAAA